CCCCAGUUCGCUGAUUUCAGGUGGGAGUGAGCGGUCCUGUCACACAAGAGUUAAGCCUCAAGCCAGGCGAAGAUGGCAGUGUUGUUGUUUAAGACCUCGUCGUGUAGCCGAACAUUUACAGCUACAUGUGUGCGACUUCACUCGUCUCUUACGUCUGAACUGAUUGCAAACAUGGACAAAAAAGCCACCUGGGAUCGCUUCUAUGCCGACAGCAGCAGCAGAACAAGGCAGUUCAAGAAUUUUGAUUGGUUCUUUGGCUUUGAAGCAGUCCGGAACCUCAUCAUGCCUUUACUACAGACCAAGUCCAGCACUGAGGCCUUUUUGCAAGUCCUGGAUAUGGGCUGUGGCACCUCCUCGUUGGGACCCUCCAUUUACCAGCACUGUCCCGUUCCAGUGUGGGUCACAUGUGCUGAUAUUUCCCCCGUUGCUGUGCGGCUCAUGAAGGAGCAUGUGCUGGCUGAAGAUGUCCACUCGAGGAACUCUUUCUCACAGUUGGACUUUGUGGAGCUGGACUGCACACAGCUGCACCGACACUUUGGUUCCCGUACUGUGGACCUCAUAGUAGACAAGGGCACCACGGAUGCCCUACUGAGGUCAAAAGAGGGCCCAGGGAAGGCCGGCCUGGUGCUGAAGCAGUGUUUAGAGGUGCUGCGCCACUCAGGGUCUCUGCUCCAGUUCUCUGAUGAGGACCCGGACGCUAGGCUGCUGUGGCUGGAGAUGGAAGCACGGGAGAUAGCGGCAGAGGUUUGUGUGCAGGAAGUAGGGGAGAAGAGGGGAGUGUGUUAUUAUUGCUACCAAGUGACCCCUCGCCUGAAUGUGCAGCAAUGACUUUGGACAAUGGAAAUAUUUCAUGUAAAGAACAUAGUUUGUCUAUUUUGGAAUGUAAGUUUCUGUGGGAGAGUUGCAAACGACUUAGCACCAUUUCAAUUCCCUGUACCCUACGACCUGCCCCAAACACACACUUGGUAUGCUUACAUGCACUAAUAUAAAAAAACACAUCCUAAUUGUGUUUUUGACUUUUUAGAAAUAAUAUUUAUAACUUUAACUAACCCCCCACAAACAAUUUUUUUUUUACCCCCACAAAAAAGUUCCAACAAAUUCAAUAUAAAGUGCCCAGAAUAUAAAUUAAUGUCAUUAUUUACUUACAUAUUGGCCCUAGUGUGUGAAUGUGAGUGUGAAUUUUGUCCGUCUAUCUGUGUGCCCUGUGAUGACGUUCCGACUUGUCCAGGGUGUACGAUCCCUUCCGCCCGAAUGCAGCUGAGAUAGUCUCCAGCGACCCCAAACGGGAUGAAUUGAAAAUUAGAAAAUAUGUCAUGUUUACUUCAGUGUAUAAAGUAGACUGUUUUAUUCACGGAAAAUUAUCAUUGUUGGGUAAUCAUUGUUGGGCUUCAUGGUGGCAGAGGGGUUAGUGCGUCUGCCUCACAAUACGAAGGUCCUGCAGUCCUGGGUUCAAAUCCAGGCUCGGGCUCUUUCUGUGUGGAGUUUGCAUGUUCUCCCCGUGAAUGCGUGGGUUGUUGUCAUUAGUUCCCUGCUCAGUGGCCUUGUGGUUAGAGUGUCUGCCCUGAGAUCGGUAGGUAUUGAGUUCAAACCCCCGCCGACUCUUACCAAAGACUAUAAAAAUGGGAUCCAUUACCUCCUUGCCUAGCACUCAACAUCAACGGUUGGAAUUGGGGGUUAAAUCACCAAAAUUAUUCCUGAGCAUGGCCUCCGCUGCUGCUCACUGCUCCCCUCACCUCCCAGGAGGUGGAACAAGGGGAUGGGUCAAAUCCAGAGGGUAACUUCACCACACGUAGUGUGUGUCUAACAGUGGUACUCUAACUUUUUAACUUUAGUUCAUUUCUUUCAGGUUAACCCUCCCUGUAUCUUUAAAACCAGGUGACACCUCGAGUCCUAGCUUUUUUUGAGUUGAGUUUCAUUUUGAACAUGUACUCCGGUUUCCUCCCUCCAAAGGCAUGCACCCGGGGGUAGGUUGAUUGGCAAAAUUAAAUUGGCCCUAGUGUGUGAAUGUGAGUGUGAAUGUUGUCUGUUUAUUGUUGUUGGCCCAGUGAUGAGGUGGCGAAAUGUCCAGGGUGUACUCCGCCUUCCGCCCGAAAGCAGCUGAGAGAGGCUCCAGCAUCCCCAUGACCCCAAACGGGACAAGCAGUAGAAAAUGGAUGGAUGGACGUGUACAAUUUAAAUACAUGACAUAUUACACAUACUUUCAUCCAUCCAUCCCAUCCAUUUUCUACCGCUUAUUCCUUUUCGGGGUCGCGGGGGGUAGCUGAGAUAGGCGCCAGCGCCCCCCGCGACAUACUUUCAUUUGUCAAUUUAACAUAUUGCUUUGAUCAAGGGUCUUUGAAUGCACCACAGUUAGAUGCAAUGAAAUGCAAAAGUGGAACUUAGACAAAACUUUCUCCAAUGUUGCCAAAUAGAAUUAUAAUAUUCUUCCCUUGAUCUAUCACCUACACUUUGUACCAACAUGUUGGUGAUGUGUGUGAGAAUGCAUAAAAGUGAACUUUGAUGACAUUAUGACAUAUGUGUUAAGUGAAGUGUUUGAAAUAGGUUUGAUUCUACCCGGGUGGAACAAACUUAAGUGUUUAAUUUAUAGUUCAAUACAAAGGUUAUAUUUAUUUUAUCUGAACAUUGAAGGGGUUAUUUUUAUUAUUAUUUGCAUAUUUAAAUGACAGAAAAACAUAUUCAACAUUUUAAAAACUCAGACCCCCAAUUCCAUUAUUAAAGGUGCUUUUAAUCCAUUCCCGGCGUCAGUUUUUGAUUGGUGCGCCCUCUGGUGGCUACAGGCUGUGCCAGAUAAUUUUGCAUAGUUUUGAUGUCCAUUUAUUGAGUUAAAAAAAUUAAAACUGAAAAACGUUGAGGUCUACAACAACAUUGUACCAAAGCAUUUUAGCUAAUGUGAACCAAGAUAUCAGCAUGACUGAAGUGUGACAUAUUGACGGCCCCCAGCAGGGACAAAACAUUAAAACAAAGUUGAGAACUUGUUGAAUUAGGUCCUGACGUUGAGCAACCCAAACAUAAUGAAACAACAUACUUUUUGACAACAUUUAUUUAAUGUCAGGUUGUGACGUUGAUUUGACCUAUGAAAUUUGGUCAUUUCCCAACCAACAAUGUCUCAAUUUACCACUACAACUAUUUUGCAAUGUUGUUUCAAAGUCAGUUUUAAAAGAGAUGUCAAUAUUGUAUUGAUGUCCUGUGCCUGCUGGGCAAGUGAUCCCAAACUGUUACUAAUGCAAGAUUUAGUUUUUACUCAUUUUUUACCACAAGAUGAUGAUUAUCCAUUGUUAGUCGAAUAAUAACUGACUUUUUGUAUGGAUUUAGCUUGAAAACAUGCGCUUAUUUCUACUGGAAUAAACUGAAGAAGUCGACUGGCUCCUCGUGUGACGCGUCUUGGCAGAAAGCUGGUGGGUUGAGCUGACUUGGGUCCGAAAUGCCAAUGAUGUUGUUGAAGAAACUGCAAAGAAAUGAAAGAUGCACAUAUUCAUUGUCCCAUGAAUACCUCCUAUCAGCCAAAUGUAAACAAUUUGUCGUUAGAUCUCACUUACUUUGUCACCAUCCAGCCAAAAGGCUGAGUUUGGUAGGACACGGAGAUAGGGAUGCAUCCAAAUUCUGUGACUGUGGUCACAUACCGUCCUGCAGAGUUAAGGUGCAUGUAAACACACAUGCUGACACAAAUAUUGAUCAACUGACUUUGCUCUUGCACUCUCACCUCCAGUCUUCGGAAUGAUGCCCAUCCACGUGUUGACAAGUAUCCCCUGACCCGGGCCUGAAGAACUUCCCAAAACAGCCUGGCCCAAAAGAGUGGCGUUGCUCGGGAUCGCCAUCGGAUGGAAGUCCACUUUCAGGGGCCUCUUUUUGCAUGUGUGGUCAUGAUUGUUGAUCUCAUACAUGGCUGCCUGCAAGGUACAUUAGUUGUUUUUACUCCCCUUUUUUUCUGAGAUCAUCCUGGCACACCUUGAUUCGUAAGCUAACAAGCUACAGCAAGGUACAAAAAUCACAUUACGAAAACAAUAUGUAACGGCCAAAAAGAAAAGGACUUAAUGGGGUGCCUGAAAGAUCGCCUCAGUUAUGUAAAUCACAAGUUUGGACCCCAGUGUCUAUGUUUGUGAGCAGUGUUAAAAUGUCAAUAAAUGAUCUGCCCAUGUGUUUGCAUUGUUCCAAGUUCCUCUACAAACGGGAGCACUACGGGCGGCAUGGCGAAGUGGGUAGAGCGGCCGUGCCAGAAACCUGAGUGUUGCAGAUUCGCUUCCCACCAAUGGACAUCAAAGUCGCUGCCGUAGUGUCCUUGGGCAGGACACUUCACCCUUUGCCCCCGAUGCCGCUCACACCGGUGAAUGAAUGAUGAAUGAAUGAUUGGUGGUGGUCGGAGGGGCCGUAGGCGCAAACUGGCAGCCACGCUUCCGUCAGUCUACCCCAGGGCAGCUGUGGCUACAGAUGUAGCUUACCACCACCAGGUGUGAAUGAAUGAUGGGUUCCCACUUCUCUGUGAGCGCUUUGAGUAUCUAACAAUAGAAAAGCGCGAUAUAAAUCUAAUCCAUUAUUAUUAUUAUUAUUACUACUGCUAAAAUGUUUGUUUCACAAGUUUUGAACUAAAGUAAAAAUCCUCUCAUUCCCAGGGCGGUUUUGCUUCCUCAGGCUGCCUGUUGAAUAACCCUACUCUACGCGGUUGCCGAAUUCCCUUAUGGACAAUUCCAUUUUUUUUCUGCUAAACAUUUAUCUUGCUGUAACACAUUUGUUGUAGUUUUAGUUUGGUUUAACAGCAGUGAGGCCGCAUUCAUUCAAAAUCCAUAAAAAUAACCGCAAAUUUAACUACUUUAAACGCUGUCAUUGUGAGUGAUUCAUGGCCGUAUUUCUACAACGACCAUACUAUUUAAGUUUACAAUGUAAUCAAGCCUUUUCCCUGGAGAUAUGUACAAAAAACUUUUUUUCUUUUUCCUUUUGCCCAUUUAUUGUGUUUUGUUUAUGUGGUCACGGUCAUUCAAUAAUCCAUAGAGGUAACUGCUAAUUUAACAUCACUUCAAUGCCGUCAUUGUGACAGAUUUAUGUCCGUAUUGUCAUUGUGUUUUGUUUACUUUUUCAAUUAAUGCUGAAGCUGCAUAGCAGUUUUAAAUUGACUUCACUACAGUAGGAGAUAAACACUUUUCUCUGCACUUGGACAUAUCAACCUAUUUGUUUACCUUUUCAUAAUAAUGUUAGACAUUAUCUGGUAUAUAAAAACAUGACUUUAGAACACAAAUGAUUGAACUGAAUUGUAGUUGUCCAUGUAGUUUAUUGGUUAUACAUAAUUACCAUAAAAUAUUAAUAACACAUUAUUUCUGAAUAAAUAUAAAUGUACGUCAUCUACAAUUUUGUUGAUUGGCUUUUUUAUGGAAUGAAGGAUGACUGUAUUGUAUUACAAUACUCACUAGGGUGCAGUCAGCCCCAGAGCCUUGUGUGUUACACAAGUAAUAUUUAAUACGGAAAUAAUCACAAUCAAAAUCUUGUGCACUAAAAGCUCGCAAUAUAUUAUAUGUUAUACAAAUUAUAAUUAAACCUUUUCAAAACUGGUUACAAAAGCUUCUCUUGGCUGCUGACUAAAACAUAUUUUUAUUAAAAUGUAUUUUAAAAAAAAGAAUGAGUCUUGAAAAUGUUAAUUCGAUUGUAAAAAUCGGAAUAAAUAAGCAUUUCAAAGGUGAAUAGAUUUUUUUCUGCACUCCUAAUAGUCAUGCUAUGUUUGAUUUAAAGAUGAUUGAGCACCUCUCUGAAGAGAAGAAGGCCAUCAUAGGUGAAGGAGUGAUUCUUGUAAUAUCCCAUCUCAUGGAGCCGGAACCUUUGUCCCACAGCGUCGUACAGGUACUGAAUGGAAGCCCACAGCUUUUCAUUCUGUGUGGACUGCACCAACACAA